AUGCCCUCAAUGGCCCCUAUGACUGAGCCUCAUGUGCUGAACCAGAUCAUCAUCUCGCCCUCCGACACCGACUACCUAGAUCAGCUCAUCCCCUCCAUUCGCGAAUAUAGUAUUGGCAAUCGCACGCCACAAUUGCUGCAGUCCCUCUCGCGCUUUGCGACCGAUAAAGAGGCUGAGAUUGAAAGCAUUUGCAAUACAAAUCACCAGGAGUUCGUAUCGUCCGUCAACUCCCUGCUUCGAAUCCGGGAAGGGACGGUGAGUUUGACAGCAGAGAUCCUGGACCUCAAUCAAUCGAUCCAGACAAGUACCGAACGACUUGCUGAGCAGAAGAAAGCGCUGGUGGAGUCUCGUGGUCACCGACAGAAUAUCGACGAAACGUCGCGCGCCAUUCAAGACUGUCUGGAGGUGUUGCGCCUGGCCAAUCAAGUCCAUGAUUUGUUGGCGAAAAAGAAUCACUAUGCCGCUCUGCGUGCACUGGAGGAGCUACAAAAUGUUCACCUGAAGGGGGUCACCCAAUACAAGAUCGCCGUGAUGAUUCAGCGCUCGGUGCCGGCCACCCAGCGGGCUAUCGCCGAGGCAGUCAUGUCGGAUCUCAACACCUGGCUGUAUCGCAUUCGAGAGAUGUCCCAGUAUCUUGGGGAGAUUGCACUCUUUCACACCGAUCAGCGGAAGUCACGCUUGAAGCAAAGGGCGGAGAAGGUCCCAUACCUUGAACACUUCAACCUCAACUCUGCAAUCGAACUCGUGGCGGACGAAGACGAAGAGUACGACCUUCUCCAUAACGAGGAUCUCCAAGUCGACUUCACACCGCUAUUUGAAUGCUUGCAUAUUCAUCAGUCUUUAGGGCACAUGGACAAGUUCAGGAUUGAGUACGCCAACACUCGUCGCCGGCAGAAAGACCUCUUACUGCCAUCUUCAAUAACUCUCGUUGACGAAGACGGCGCAAGUCUACAUAAUUUGCUUGAAGAAAUGGCGGGGUUUGCGAUUGUCGAACGGGCAACUAUGAAACGGGUCCCGGACCUGAGAUCAUCGCUUGAUAUUGACGAACUUUGGGACUCUAUGUGCCAGACCGCUGUUAGCGUGAUAUCCAAAGCCCUGCACGAGGUGGAUAAUGCCGAGAACAUCCUCAAGAUCAAGAAUUUGAUUUCUUUGUUCAUGCAGACAAUGAAUACGUGGAAUUUUCCGGUCCGUGUGUUUGAUGACUUCCUAUUGAAGCUUUUCGAAAAGUAUGCAGAGCUCUUAAAGAGGAGGUUCAGCGAUGAUUUCCAAGAGAUUGUUUCCACGGACGACUACAUGCCCAUGCCAAUACAAACCUUGGAAGAAUAUGAAAAGGUACUUAACGUGAGCUGGUACAGCCCUGAAAAGUCUCACGAGGAACAAGUCUUCCCCUGCAUCUUGCCAUUCUCGAGGAUGUAUCCAUUGUGUUGCAUCGAUAUUCGGAACUUCUUAAACCAGUUCUAUUUCUUCGCAAACGAUGACUUCUCCCACCCUAAUGUGAUUGAUAAUACAUUGAAGGAUGCAUUGGAUGAUCUUCUUUCACGGAAAGUAUGCGAUACACUGGUCGAGCGAUUAUCCUCACAGUACCUCGGCCAAAUCGUGCAAAUACUUAUCAACUUGGAACAUUUUGAGCUGGCCUGUCGAGAGCUUGAGUUGCUUUUGGCGGCUGCGAGGUCGCAAAACUCCACAGGGACCUCGAUUGCACUCAAGGCCACCGAGAAAUUCCGAAAUAACAAGAAAGCUGCGGAGAAACGAAUUUUCGAAGUCGUCAACUCCAAAAUUGACGAUCUCAUUGAGACUGCAGACAAUUACAUGCAGACCCUGACUCGGUUUUUGUCAAACAUUAUGAACUCUACAUUACUUGGGCUGCCGACGGAAAUCAAAGAGUUGAUCUAUUUUGAUGCCCUCAGUCACGCCGCAAACAUGAUCCUUGCUCAACCACUCGCACCGGAAGUGAAAAGUAUCAACCCUCACGGGGUGACUGCUUUGGCAAAGGAUGUGGAAUAUUUAGCGCAAUUCGUGGACAGUUUGAAAGUCCCUAUCCUGCGCGAAAACCUCGACGAAUUACAACAAACGGUCCAACUCAUGCAGGCAGACAACGCGGAUGAGUUCUACGAUAUCUCCACCCGGAACAAGAAGUACGGCCGUGUUGAUGCCAUGCAGGGUCCGUUACUGCUUGAAAAGCUCACUCGCACAGUCCAAGCACCCACCAAGGUUGAUAAAUUUGCGACAUUAUCCUCGCGAUUCAAGAAAACUUAG